AUGCUCGCUCGAGUUGCCAGCCAAUGUUACCAGAUUGGCAACCGGGUGGCCCGUCAAUUCUUGAAACCCUGCAUUCCAGGGCGAGGGCUGCCCUCAUUCACUGCGGUGCCCAAUGCGCUCACAGCGCAAGGGUCUUCCCUCUGUCAGAGACGCGAGCUGUCAAUGGCUCGCUUCACCAUGCUCAGCCCCCCGGUGGCUAGCAAUUGUCAGGGCAGACGCGGCUUCAGCACCAGGAACCUUCGCGGGCGCCUCUUCUACAAGCGCAGGCCAAAGAUGAUCCCGAACUGGAGCUUCAAUGCCAAGUCGAAGUGGCUGGAGGGGGCGGGAAACCGGAAAGGCGUUUGCACCAAGGUCUUCGUGCAGUUCCCGAGGAAGCCUAAUUCUGGUCUUCGAAAGGUUGCAUAUGUCCGGCUCUCGAACGGACGCGUGGUGAAGGCCUACAUUCCAGGCAUCGGCCACAACCUGCAGGUUCACUCCGUCGUUAUGGUCAGAGGUGGCAAACGGAGGGAUGUGCCCGGAUGCAACUACACGUGCAUGCGCGGACUCUACGACCUCCUUCCAGUCAAGAAUCGCAAGAGUUCUCGAUCAAGGUACGGUGUGAAGCGACCACCCUACGAGCCGAAGCGCUCUCGCUUCAAGACGAUCACUACCGAUGUGGAUCGCAGGCUACAUUUCUACAGGACAGGCGUGGAGCUGGGUCCCGACGAAGACCCCCCGAAAGACGAGACAGGAAGGUUUCCUCGCCCCCACUUGAGCAGAACAUACCGUCCGCCAAAGCCAGCCAAGAAGUGA